AGAAAAAAUGAAUACGCAUUGAGGAAUCAAGUGGAAAAUUGAGACACAUCAUCCCCAAAACACAGACUUAUUAUUUUUCUUUUACAAACAAAAAUUAGAGGCUGUAAUUUCCUAAAUAUUAUUCUCACACUGAGCAAUUUAUAGUCUCUCAGUCUUUUAUUUUUGUACUGGACUAACAUCGCUACGCCAUUGAACGAAAAGUGCAUCGUUUUGUUUGAAGGGGAAGGGUUCUCAACUUGGCCCAAAUCUCAUCUGGUGAAAUUUGCGGCACUGAUUUCCACCACGGCUUGUCAUGAGCUCAACGAACGCAGCAGCUAUCGGAUUUUUAUCCACACCAGCCAAAUUGCCCAAACAAUGGCAACCUCAGCUUCAUGAAUGGAAAACGUAUCACUGCAGUCACCCUGAUGUUGCUAGGGCUGGAUGGAGAAAGUGGAGCCGUGAACAUCCUGACUGGUAUGCGUGGAGAUCAACAUCCAGACACCCUGACUGGUUCAACCGAGAGACGAACCAAAUAAGGAGAGCCGACUACAAGAACGUGAACUGGCACUGGGAGCGACCGUCCAAGCCCACCAGCCGCGUCCACGACGACUUUGUGCCGUACAACAACGAGGUCAUGAUGAAGGACGUGCAGCGCUCCAUGCCCCACAACAAAGGUUACCGCGGCAACUGGAGCUACCCCGUGCCAUUCCCGCAGGAAGUGCCCACCCCGAAGUGGGGUCUGUACAACCCACCGGAUUACCAGGAGCCCACUCGGCACAACCACUUCCCCCCGAUUCGCUACGACGGGUUGCAAGCGAGACUUCAAUGAUGAUUGUGCUUGUUUUCUCACUAUGUAUGUUUACUUUCGGUUACUUUCAGCUUUGUUGAUGCACUGUAGUUGGUCUCUUUUAAGGACAUGCGGGCUAACCCAGAUUUCGGGGGUUUCCACAAAUCUUGACCUACACCAAAAGUGGGC